AUGCCAAAGAGUAUUUUGUCAAGUUACACCACCGUCAACAACACUGGCAGUGUUGAAAUGAUUCGUCAGAAAAUUGUUGGUAAUUAUGUAUACUUUGCUGGUAUUUUCAGGGUGUCCAUCAAUCUCUCUCCGACUAUUUCAUUAUAUCAUCCGAAAGAAUUCCAUGAUGAAUGUAAUUUAUUUAUUGCCAAGAUGGAGAUGUUUUCAAAUGCAAUUGUUUGGUACCAAUCGGAGGCAUUAGGAUCUUGUGGUAGUUCUAUUAAUGCAAUGGAAACCUCAUUGGAACUCAAUCAUGGAGACUGUGAUUACGUGGCUCUUUCAUUCAACACUGGUUGGCCAUGUUGUGGCUUUAUUGCUCAAGGUGGACCUGGUUACAUACUCUAUAAUGCAACGAACGGAAUGAGAUUACGAGCAGAACAAUUAGUCAUCUAUCAUGGAGCAAUAACAUCCUUGGCAUUUGAUACCUCUGGUUUCUAUGUUGGAGGAUAUGUGAGAGGAGGGAAUUAUUUUGGUGUUGAAGAUUUUCAAGAUCCAAAUUCUGGUCAAGGAGCUUUCAAUACCUUUGUUAGAAUGUAUUCAUUGCCAUCUCUUCAACCUAAAUGGCUCAUUCAAACCGUGGACACUAACAGCACAGUAAAGGAAGGUGCUAAACAAGUUACUGGAAUUUUCAAUGUGAAAAUGAAUGGAAUGAAUAUAACAGUUGUUUCAGGAUCAUUCUCAUCCAUAGAUUCAACCGUGUGGAGAGAUUCAGCUCGUAAGCUGGUCCAAGUGAACAAGAAAGACGGACUGCAUGGUAAUUAUUUGCUAUUUGUUCAUGAAAAUGGAACAAUUUUAUCUCAUUUGUCAACCAGAGUUAGCACUUUCUUUGUUAAGAGAGAAAAAUCAAUUGUCCUGUGUGGUGUGAAUUCUGUUGCAGAGUGUGAAGAAAUAAGUUUACCAUCAUUGAUGAUCAAAAAUGUUAUGGUGUCCAAACAAUUAAGUUAUUGUAAAUCCACAAUUUAUUCAGUUUCUGGAAAUGAGAAUCAAAUCUUUAUUGCAGCUAAAUUUGAUUCAUGUAGAAACUUUGAGAAUAUUAUUUUGUCACUAGAUUCACAGUUAAGGGACACGUUUUGGAACAUUAAUGUCACUGCUUCAACUCUGAAUUUCAUCACUGUGUCAGCCAACAAUCAAAACGUAUCUAUAUCCUAUCUUUACACAGGAUCUAUUACAGAUAUUCAAGGAACUACUUAUUUUUACCCAAGGAAGAAUCUUUUGAUGCAGUUGUACAGUGUGGACUUUUCUACUUCAUGUUUUGGUUUACCUUUUAAUCACUCCAAUGUUUGUUCUGCCCACGGGAUAUGCUACUCCGCUGACUAUUGUGUUUGUGAUUAUGGAUACAUUUAUGAUAAUUGUUCUCAAUUUACAUGUUUUGGAAAAGUGGACAAUAUUGGGUGUAAUAAUGGAUCGUGUAUUGGAGUGGAUACAUGUAAAUGUGAUACAGGUUUCCUUGGACCUCAAUGUAAUAUCACAAGUUGCUUUGGAAUUCUCUCUACAGAUCCAAAGGUGUGUAAUGGAAAGGGAAGUUGUGUAAACUUCAACACUUGUGAAUGCAAGGAAGGUUAUUUCGGUGAACAAUGUAAUUCAUUUUCAUGUCAUCAAAUACCAUCAUGGGAUACUACCAGAGUAUGCUCUGGAAGGGGGAAAUGUAUAUCAAUGGAUACAUGUCAAUGUGACGAGCAUUAUUUUGGGCCUAACUGUGAACUCACUCAAUGUUUUGGAAUUGAUUCCAACAAUAUUACAGUGUGUGGACGUUAUGGAUCAUGUGUCUCUUACAAUCAUUGUCAAUGUCCAACAAACAGAGAUGGUGUGGACUGUUCUAUUCCAAUGUGUUAUUCUGUCUCUGCUGCAAGUCCUUUGGUUUGCAAUGGAAAUGGAACGUGUGUCAGUGAUAAUAAGUGUGUGUGUCACAAAUUUUCCAGCAAUUUACCAAAGUUUAUUGGUGACAAAUGUCAUCUCCCUGUUUGCUUUGGACACACUGGAAAUCAAUCAUGUUCAGGAAAUGGAGUUUGUGUUGGUCCAGACGAAUGUUUAUGUAAUAUUGGGUUUUCAGGAAAUGUUUGCAAUGUCGAUGAUAGUCUACUGUUCAAAAUAUUAGUUCCUAUUGGAGCUGUGAUUGCAUUUCUUGUUUGUUUUCUAUUUGCAAGUCUGACCUGUUAUCUCUACAAAAUCAGAUAUUGGAAUAAGAGAACCAAAACGGAGAAGGAAAUGGAACAAAAACUAUUGGAAAUUGAAUUGGAAUUAGAAAAUGAAAGAAGUCAAAACGUAUCCUAUUUGAUACCAAUUGAAGAAUUAGAAUUGAUUGAAAAAAUAGGUUCUGGUGGUUUUGGUCAUGUGUACAAAGCUCGUUGGAAACAAGUGACAGUUGCUGUGAAAUGUGUGGACUCUAACAGUUCUAUUGAAGAAUCAGUUGACAAUCAGAAUGAAGAUGAUACUUUUGAAAAAGAAGUUCUCUUACUCAAUAGUUUGAAACAUCCCAAUGUGAUUCAGUUCUUUGGAGUUUGCAUGACUGAACGUAAAAAAUUGAUGGUUAUGGAAUAUCUUGGUGGUGGGUCUCUUGAUAAAUUAGUGUAUGAAUUGAAAAUCAAGAAAAGAAGAAUUCGAUUACGUGACAAGUUACAAAUUUUAUUUGGAGUGACUAAUGGACUCAGUUAUUUACAUAAUUUGAAACCCAAGCGAAUUAUCCACAGAGAUUUGAAGAGUGCAAAUAUUUUACUUGAAGAAAAUAUGCAACCAAAAGUGUGUGAUUUUGGAUUGUCAAAAUUGAUUGGAAAUAACAAUUCGACUGCAAUGACAACAAAUUUGGGAAGUAUAUUUUAUAUGGCUCCUGUAAGUUCAUUAAUAAUCUUUCUCUCAUUUUCUCUUUCUAUUAAUUAUUUAAUUAAGGAAUUGAUUGGAGUUUCAGACAUUUCAAUCACUCACAAAAUAGAUGUUUAUAGUUUUGGUAUUAUUAUGUAUGAACUAUUUUUUGAGGAUAAUCCUUUCCUUAAUCAUAAUUCUCAAAAAAUUCAUAAAUUCUCACAGCCUGAUAUUACUGAUCUCAAUAGUUUCAGUAUUCCUCUAAAGGUUUCAACUGGAUUCAGACCUAAAAUUCCAUUUUCGAACAGAGAAGAACAAACUUUAUGGAUUCAAGAAUACAUGAAAGACGAUGAAAGAUCUCUUGGAAUGAGUGAUUUACUUUGGGUGGUGGAUCGAUAUAUUGAAUUGAUGGAAUUGUGUUGGGAUCAGAAUCCUAAUGUAAGACCUUCCUUUGAUGAUGUUGCAAUUCAAUUAGCAAAUAUCAUAUCGAGAUGUAAUGUGUAA